GUUAUUAAACAGUAUUGACAAGUUUUGCUGAUUAAAUUCUAAACAUGCUCUCCAAUUUUUAGAGUACACUGACCGUUUCUAUAUUGAAAACCAGAAGUUCUUUGAUUUCAACGAUGGGAAGUGAAUCUAAAUAUAUGCCAGGAACUUUGCUGUGGUCUAAAAUUGGAAACUAUCCUUUUUGGCCUUCCAUGAUAUCAUAUGAUCCUUCUACGGGUCAAUGUUUUAAAGAGAAAAAAGCUCGAGGGAAACCUAAACUGAUUUAUCAUGUGCAGUUUUUUGGUCAAUCUGUGGAACACGGCUGGACUAGUCCUGGUAGAAUAUUUCUUUUUGAUGGUACUGGAGAAUCUGGAUUCAACAAGAAGAAAGAAGCUUUAUUGCGUCAAGCAUGUGGAAAAGCAGCCAAGAAAAAUAUUCAAGUUAUGUUUAAUGUACCUGAAGUACGAAGGGCCUCAUGGAAUUUAGCAAUAGAAGAAGCUUUGGAAGCACAUAAAAUAAGCAACAUAGAAGAACGUUUUGCUACUCAUGUGUUUAUGUAUGAAACAGCUGAUAAGAAAGCCAAAUCCAAAACUGCACCCAUAUCUUGUGAUUUUUCUGAACGGAAAGGGGCUGAUCAGCCUCAAAUAGAAAGAGCUAAAAGGAAGAACUCUAAUGAUUCUCUGGAAGAACUUCAUCCUGUGAAAAAAAUAAAGCAUAAUGAUGUGAAGCUUACUUCUGAAAUUAAGAUGAGAAUUAAAAAGAAAAAAAUGUUAUCUGAUGGAGACUUUGACGAUGUGUGUAAAAUAUGUAAAAAGGAUAUGGUAGAUUUUUCAUGUUCUGGAAAUUGUCUGCAAUCCUAUCAUAUUGGAUGUGUAGGAUUACUUUCUGUUCCAAAAGUUUUCAAAUGUUCGGAGUGUGACUCGGGUAAUUUUGCUUGUUUUAUCUGUAAAAAGUCGAAUGGUUUAAUUAAAAAAUGCAAGUAUUCAAAAUGCCGAAAAUUCUAUCAUGAUAAAUGCCUUAACAAAUACUGCUACACAAGAAUUCGUAAUAGCUCUUCAGAUAAAAUAUGCGGAUUUCAUUCCUGUUUGACAUGCUACUCAGAAAAUGCAGAAAACAUCAUGUCUUUCAAAGGUUAG